GGAUCCGGGCUACAGUAAAUAGCCAGGAGCAGAAACGGCUAUUGAUGGAUUUGGAUAUUUCCAUGAGGACGGUGGACUGUCCAUUUACCGUCACCUUUUAUGGUGCGCUCUUCCGGGAGGGUGAUGUGUGGAUCUGCAUGGAGCUCAUGGAUACAUCACUAGAUAAAUUCUACAAACAAGUUAUUGAUAAAGGCCAAACAAUUCCAGAGGACAUCUUAGGGAAAAUAGCAGUUUCUAUUGUAAAAGCCUUAGAGCAUUUGCACAGUAAGCUCUCUGUCAUUCAUCGAGACGUCAAGCCUUCAAAUGUGCUGAUUAAUACUCUGGGCCAAGUGAAGAUGUGCGAUUUUGGAAUCAGUGGCUACCUGGUGGACUCUGUUGCUAAAACAAUUGAUGCUGGUUGCAAACCGUACAUGGCUGUGAAAUUGAAAUCUGGUAUGAAGAGACUUUGA